GAUCCGUCGUCCGUUGGACACGUCGCUGCGAUUCGCGCUUCCAACGCGAAUUGGCCUCCUUCCAGAAAGAGGGAAGAGGCUGCAGCGUUGGAGAAUCUUCGAAACAGAGUGCGACAGUCGAGAUCGUACGAGGCGAGUCGCGUCUCCGGAUCCGCUUCCGUAUCCUCGGCUCUCGACAACGCCGAUCGACCGAACCUGUUCAGAAAGGUCAGACAACGGAGAGAACGGCGUUCGAACGCUCGCUGGCUUCUCUCGUCCCGAAUCCUGAGCGACAGGCCCAUGAGCAUCGCGCGCGAUACCAACGACUUGGAGACCGACUGGCGAGACAGCGAAUUUAUAACCGAAUGUUUGUGCUGGCACAACGUUUAUCGACAGAGACACGACGCACCGCCCUUGACCAUGUCGCCGCAGGUAUUCCUUCGAACCCCCGAGCAUCGAGCGCGACGUCGCGUCCGCGUCGACGUGGUUCACGCCUCUCUUUACGUUUGCAACGCAGGUCAUUUUACCCAACUCGUUUGGGCGAGUAGUCGUUGUUUCGGCGUUGGAAAGGCACGCAGCAGAAGCGGAAAGAUCGUCGUAGUGGCUAAUUACCGACCCGUCGGUAAUGUAUCCGGACAAUUCCAAGAUAACGUGUCGCCUCCUUUGCCCGAAAAUCUCAACGUUCCGGCGUUGUCGGCGUCUCGGCAGCGGCAACCACCAACCACCGACGACUCUGUCGACCAAGUUUUUCGCGAACGUUGCGUCGCCUCCGACUCGCCGCCGCUGGCGUCCUCCUCCGCUCUCCUCUCGCUUUCCCGUCUACCGUCCACGGUCGACGGCGAUCGUUCUUCCGUCAGUUCCGCGCGAUAA